CCGAGGGCGCCAAACGGGGUGGUGGAACCGCGGGUCCGCGAGUCUUUGUUUUGAUUCCGUUUGCCUCCCACUACCUUCCCGCUGCAUCUGACGCACACACACACGAAACAUGCACAUUUCUCACGCACACACUCACCGCGUUUAUAACGAGAGUUCGAGUUCGCCAGGUUGCUGCGCACCGGAUUAAUGGAGAUUCUUUGCCAAAAAGAUGAACUUUCUAGCGAGAAUCGAUGCUCCUAGAGAUGCGGCGUUCAUCUCGGAAGGAUUCCCUUUGAAAGCAAGAUUCUACUCCAAUGCAGCGCGUUCUAGAAUUCAAAUGCGUUCCUUCAAUUGACAGACAUUUUCACGCGAGAGAGAGAAAGAGAUAGCGCUGUGGAAAGUGUACCACCCCAAAACGCCACCCUGCCACCCUAGAUAGCAUACCUGUUUUGGGAGGCUUCUGGUAGUAAAUUGUAGGAAAAAAGACGACAACGCAUCGCGAAAACAGCGGAAACCACAGCGAGUGCAAGUGCAUCAAGAAGUCUGUGUGUGUUGGUGGCUUGUAUACGCGGCGGAAGAAGGUUGCACUUUUGAACGCUUGCAAAAUAGGAAAAGGAACUGCAGAGGAAAAACACAAAAGAGAAGCUAAACCCCGUCGUUAACUUGCCUACUUUGACGUGUGCAAUACAUGUACGAUCCGGAUCAACGAAGGUUCCCUAAGCACCAGUGAAGCAACAAGCAAAUCUUCGAUCCGCUACUUAGAAGUGCACUACGGAAGUCCCGAAACCUGGAAGGCAUGGAACUGGACAACAUCUUUCUCAACAAACUUCCAAUCAUCGCGGCCACGGACAGCGGCGAUGGAACGUGGAACCACUAUGCGUUCCUCGAGAGUACCUGGUGCGAACGGAAGAUCCUGCUGAAGAUCAUCGUGUUCAGCUCACUCUACAACACGCCGCUCAGCUUCGUGUCCGAGAUCGAUCACGAGGAGCUACAACAGACGGCCAGGCGCCUGGAGCGCACCCUAGAGGAGUUUCUGCAGGAAACCAAGCAGGCCCUCUGCACGGAAGGUGGCGCGAAUGGUUUCAGCUAUGCGGUCGAAGAGAAUAAUUUUGUUUGGCGCAAGGUUCUCGGACCGCAGCUGACCGUCACGUACGGUUCUGUCAUCCUGCUGCGCUCUCAGUGUCUCCUAUCGGAUGUGCUGUCCAACUCGAUCCACGCCCAAAACCGGCUGCGAGCGGACGUGCAGCUGAAGAACAAGGUACUGCUCGAGCUGAAGGAUGAGCACGAGGAGCUGCUGGAGCUGCAGCGGCAGCAGGAGGAGGACACGCGCCUGUACGAGAUUGAGCUGAUAACCAAGUGCAUCAGCAUACUGAAUGAGAAGAAGGAGGUUAUCAAUCAUUUGAAAAAGCAGCUGGCAGAGGAUGAGGACGAGGUGGUAGACAGUGAGGAGCAAACGGAUGGUCAACAGCACCACCACCUCCAACAACACAAUCCUAGCGCAGAAGAUGAGGAACAGCCGCUGCUGCCGAGUGAUUUGCGAUCGGAGAAGAGGGGCGUUUCAACUGCGGCCGCUACCGUAACUCGUCCACCUCCGAUCAAUUACCUCGACUCGGAACAGUCCUUCCCUGAGCUGGAAAGCGGUGAAGAGCUGGAGGAUCCGGAACAGGAGCACGUUAUCCUACCGAAACGCACCAAGUACCAGCAACAGGCGUCCUCAGUUCACUCCGAGCUUGAACCGGCAACUUCCGGUACAUCGGCCCCCGGCACAUCGACAGCAACGCGGCAUCAGCUGGUCUCGUCGCCAGUGGAAGAAGCGGCUCAGGACGAUGAUAUUUAUAACAAAAAUACGGAGGAAUUACUGCAAGAAAUUUGAGUCAAAGCCUGUGCGGCCUUAACGAGGCCAAGUUGAGUGUGCGUUUUGAGCUAUUUAAUAUUUGGCGUUUGUCCUGAAAUCGCCCCGACCUAUAGAGACCCUCUUUCAAUGUCCAAUCUGUCCAUCUGUCCAAUUCCUCUGCGGAAUAUGGAUAGCCAGAAGAGCUAUUACCUUGUAAGCCAUCAUCACCGUACUUUGUAGGUUUUUAAUGUGUCAUCAUAGUGCAAUGGUAAUAAUAUUUUAUAGUUUUUUUUAAAUAAUAUGUGCCAAUACUGCAGGAUUCUUCCCGCAAGAAUUAGCGAAAAACAAAAGCACCAUAAACGAAACCAGUGCGGCAUGUGGUCGGUUCAUUGAUUGCUGCAAGACGCUACAGACCAGCAGCAUAUUCUCGUCGACAACGGAGAAAAUUCGUUUGAUUUAGAUUAAAUUAUUUAUUCUUUUUUAUUGCCGUUAGAACUAAGUAUAAACCCACUUUUUGAUAAUAAACAAUCGUAAUCACUCUA